ACUAGAAAAACGGAAAACGGACGGCAGUGGGAUUUGGAUGGUUGUACCGCAUCCGUUCAUGAGGUAUGACUGGGUUAGGACGGCACAUGAAGAAACUGUCGCCCAUUUUGCCGUACGGAUCACGGAGUCGGCUAUCGACAAAAAUGAGUGGUACUGGUCCAAUAUCCGCGACGAUGUGAAGUACAUCGUCGCCAACUGUCAAGUCUGCACCGCUGAUAAAGCGUCGAUUCAGCCGCGAAGAUCGAUGGUGCCAACGGUAGUUGAACGACCCUUUCAAAGGUGGAGACGUUGGCAAGAACACUUCGUAGAGCUAUCGGUGUAUCUGGUCGGGGUAAGCGUCACGUGGACGCGGCACAACGAUCACCGUAAGUGGGCUGAGUACCUCGAGUUGCUGAUCAUCCAAGCGUGGCGAACGAAAGUGGAGGGCGAUCAGCUUGGAUUUCUCUUCGGGUCGGUGCGACACGAUCACCGCCAACCAAUCGCGCACGAGUUAACGAUACCCCUCGCGCAGCUGGCCGACGAUCUCCCUCUUGAGAUCGUCUCGCAGAGCGACGAUAGCCCGACCCCGCACGUUCUCACGCGGACCUUGGCACCAUAUCUUCAGUGGUCGGCGUGCUUAGAGGAACCUGGAAGCAGCCGUAACCCGCCGUCACAGCGCGGUUACCUGGACCCGCAUGAAAUAGUUGACCUUGCCUUCUUCCAAGAUCGGACCGCUUCCGAGAAUGAAGACGUAGAAAUUGAAGCGGAAGAAGAAAGCUCAGGAGAAGAAGAAGUAGAAGAAGAGGCCGACGAGGAAGAAACUCUCGAAGAAGGGAGUUACAAUGAGCACAGCGAGGGCGAGCAGAGUAAGGAGGAGGAAGAACAAGACGACGACGACGAAGAAGAAGAAGAAGACUAGGAGGAGCUGGAACAAUCGGAGUGAGGGCUGAUGUUAGGCCAGCACGGAAGAUAAAGUUCAAUAGGGAGA